CCUCUCGACAGGUGUCUUCUCGGAUUUUCUCGCUAAUUCCACGUUGGCAAAAGUGUUAGUUGGUAAUCAUCAGUUUUGGGUAAGGAAUCCGUACGUACACGCGUGUACCAGUGACAAUUCAACAUGGAUGCUCCCGUGCUGCCGGCAAGUUUGUACACAGUCAAAGCCAUAGCGAUACUCGAUAAUGACGGAGAGAGGAUUGUCUCGAAGUACUAUGAUGACACGUAUCCAACAACCAAAGAACAGAAGGCGUUUGAGAAGAACCUGUUCAGCAAGACACACAAAGCUAACGCUGAAAUCAUAAUGCUGGAAGGACUGACGUGUGUCUACCGCAGCAAUGUAGACUUGUACUUCUAUGUCAUAGGCAGUUCUCAGGAGAAUGAACUCAUUCUUGUUAGUGUUCUCAGUUGUCUGUAUGAUUCCAUCUCGCAAAUCUUGAGAAAGAAUGUUGAGAAGCGAGCACUCCUCGAUCAUUUAGAUGCGGCAUUCCUUGCUGUGGAUGAGAUAGUGGAUGGAGGAAUCAUUCUGGAGUCCGAUUACAGCAAUGUAGUACAGAGGAUAGCAGUACGAGGUGACGAUGUCCCAAUCAAUGAACAGACAGUCGCUCAGACCAUUACAAGCAAGCUACAAUUUUUCAGGGACUAAAUGAUAGCAUGUAGCGUCAAGUAGCUGUCGGCAUAUACAAGGUGCUACAGUCAGCCCGAGAGCAGUUGAAAUGGUCACUACUGAAGUAAACUCACCCAGAUGUACUCACAAACACAGAUUACAAGAGUGUUACUAGGACAACAUAAUUCUUCAGAUGGUGAAGGGCUAUAUUUAAGUGAGAAAACAAUGUACAAUACAAGCUAAUCCAGUCAUGAAGCAGUUUUUGGCCAGUGUCAUUGUUCCAGGUCAUUGGUGGCUAUGCAUUCAAGGGUCGAUUGCAGCUAUUGGGAGGUAGGAAUGAUACAUAUUCUCAUCAAUACUGGCAUCACCAAAUAUUCUGUGUAUGUAUUGGCUGUGGCUUUUAAGUGCUGCAUGUCUUGGAUUUGAUGUCCCUUUUGUGGUAAAUUUUAUGUUCAAACAUUUUAUGUAGCGGCCCUCUGGGUUUGACCAAGUCUUUGGUCAUUCGUUAACCUCUGCUUUUGUCAUUGACUUUGGUAGAACCACAUGAUCUAAUGUCAUUAAUGGCUAGGAAUGCUUGGAGCAAAUAAAAGUAUACUCGGUGUCACUUAGCCUAUAAGGAACUGUUCCUGAGACAAUGGCCUAAAAUCUAUGAAUCUAGAGCCUUGUAUCAAAAGCAGAAUAUUGACGGUCGGACAGUAUCUUCAUUGUGCCAGACCAAGAUAGCUACUUGCAUGAAACUUUUUCAGUGUAUGUGUGCAUAUGCGUUUGGGCGUUAAAUAUUAAGGGUUUGGGCCUACAAGGGAACAAAGUGCAACAAAUCAUUUUGAAAAAUGUUAGCGUUCCAUAGUAGUGUAGUUUUCAGAUUUUAAACAAGACGAAGAAAAAUAAAAGUAGGAGAGUAAAGGCUACAGAAAUGGUACCUAUAUAUCCCAGGUUUGUGUGAGUAUGAGAUUUGAGCAAGGCAGGAUGUGUGAUUGUGUGUGAGAGGAGAAAAGGAACACCCAAAACGAAGUGUUGAAAUGCUAGGAUUUGAUGUCUGAAUUAUGAAAAUUCAAAGCCACUUUAACAAGUGAUUCCAUUUAUUUUUCUAACCUAAACAGUCCUGAAUCCGGCGAACGUGUAGUGAAGGGCCCCUGUUUAGUUUUUUUUUAUUACUCUAAAAUGACCUUUUAACCUAGAGCAGACUUCUUUCAAUAUAAUGACACAUUUUUUGUAAUUUUUGAACAGUUUCUUGGGGUAGAAAUUAUGAUUUUCCUGCGCACUUUGCAGUUGGAGCCGUGCGAUUCAGCGCGCCUUGCACGUUCACGGUACAUCGCGCGGUGAUCGCCAUCUUUAUUUUCAUAUUGCGUUUUUGUCGUUGUCAUUGCAUUUUACCCCAAAAUUUCCCUGAAAUUCAAAACUCUGCCCUUUAUCUAUGACAUACCCGCAUGUUCUUAAUGUCACCAACUAGUUUGGUAGGUCAAAUAAUUUAAAAGUGGAUUUGUUCCCUUUCAGGAACUGGGCCCGUAGAUACAAAAUCGCGCUGAAUUCUCUUUUUGUUAUGAUUUUUCACACACUGUAAGGAGUUAGGGUGAAAAAAAAAACAUUUUUCCUUGUUUCUAGGCAAAUUAAACAUAUUUCAAACUAUUAGGGCUAGCUACUUGCCAUGUAGAACUAAAAAAAUGUUGUCAAUAUGUUUCAAAAUGUGGCGUUUGAAAAUUCUGAAAGCAGUGUUUUGCAAUUUAUGCAGAGCUGAUAGACAGUGUUUUGUCUCUGUUCCAUCUGCUGAGAUUUGAUCCCGCAUCUGCCUAACUGUUUACAUGCUGAUAUCAGUGCAUGGUUAAUAACCUUUUGCCUAACUUAAAACUGUAUUCCUUUUAUGGUUUAAGAUUUGUUUGCCUAACUAUACAACUUUCAAUAGGGCCUAUGUUUGAAGACUGUAAUAAGUCCUGUGUGUUUUUCUUAAAAGAGUAAAUGUGUAUUACACACAGAAUCAUACACCAACUUUGAUAGCUUCUUAUACUACCAGGGAACAACUGUAAGGGUCAACAUUCAUUGUCCUUUAUUUUUAAUUUUUUUUGUGGGGAGGGCAUUUUGUAAAAUGGCAGGGCUAUAAAAGUCAUAGUUUUAUUGAGAUAAAGUUAAUGUCAAGCUUAUUGCACACUGAUAGAGAAAUCUAAAAUUUGCCCAUGUGAAAGGUAAUCAUUGUAAAAAGACACACUGAUCUGAUAGUAAUUGGAUAUGAUAUAGGUUGAUUUGUAUAAAUAAAAUGACUACAUGUGUAAAACUGAAA